AUGUGCAUGCACCGCCUUGAAAAAGAGAUAAGGGGCAGCUAUUAUUGCGCGUUCUGUAACAAACUGCAAUACACUUGUGCGAGCUGCGUCGAUCCAACUCUUGUCUGCAAGCAUGAUCAGCGCUGCUCCGGUCAUGAUCUUGGCCUGCGACUAGAUGAGGGCUACACACUUCGUUAUCGACAGGUCCGCAUGUUGGGGAACGCUCAUUCCUAUGGAAAUGGGUUAUUGGUGGAUAUUCUCUCCAAGAAAUUAACAGGAGCUGAGAAAAGGCCGCCUGGCCAACCAGUCCGGUUCAGGCACUCUAACGAGUUGUCUGCCCGAUUUAUCAAAAACCAGCUUUUCGUAUGCGGAAAGUACACUGCAUACGUCUCUUUGGACGACUACUCGGACGACAUGACCCGCGAUCGGUUCAGCUCCUACAUUGCCAAUACUUGCAUCAGCAUCAACAAUCACACACACGAACAACUAAACAUACACUAUUUUACGGAUGCGGGACCUUCGCUGACAACCCACUUUUCUACCUAUAUCCUAGGUCAAGUCGUCAAAUCUGGCCCUACCGCCUUUGACCCAAGUGGUCAUGUUUACAGCUGCACACGGUGCAUGAUGGACUUCGACGUCGAGAUCGGCUGGAUGGACGGGUGUCGAGCCAUUACUAUUACGACGUAUCGGCAGCUCAGCGAUCAUAUAUCGGACUGGUAUCCAACAUAUUCGCCACAAUUCCGAUCUGACAGGUAUUGGCACAAUGAACGGGCGGGCAAGAUUAGACACCAGUGGCUUCACACUAUGGGUCUCGUUUCCGAUGAUGAUCAGGAGAGGGCCUCAAAUCAAGCGGAGUUCAAGUCAAGGGGUGCGUGGUGUAGUAGCCCUAAGGUCAAGGCAAAACCUGAAGAGCCAGCUAUGGGGAAACCGGCAAAAUCCCUAUGGACUGCCACUAAGGCGCCGGAGCAAUGGCUCAUGACGGUUGCCGCUAUGAAGGAGGGUAUCACGCGUGAACUGUGA